ACUGCUGAUGAGAAAAGGUAUUUCGCAGUUUAUAUUUACUAAAAUAAUUGCAUUUUCAUGUUCUGUGUACUGUGGGAGACCAGAUAUAGUGAAUGCCGGGGUCCAGGGAGACCAGAUAUAGUGAAUGCAGGGAGACCAGAUAUAGUGAAUGCAGGGUCCGGGGAGACCGGACAUAGUGAAUGCAGGGUCUGGGGAGACCGGAUAUAGUAAAUGCAGGGUCCGGGGAGACCGGAUAUAGUGAAUGCAGGGUCCGGGGAGACCAGAUAUAGUGAAUGCAGGCAGACCAGAUAUAGUGAAUGCAGGGUUGGGGAGACCAAAUAUAGUGAAUGCAGGGUCCGUGGAGACCAGAUAUAGUGAAUGCAGGGGUCCGGGGAGACCGGAUAUAGUGAAUGCGGGGUCCAGGCAGACCAGAUAUAGUGAAUGCAGGGUCCGGGCAGACCAGAUAUAGUGAAUGCAGGGUCCGGGGAGACCAGAUAUAGUGAAUGCAGGGUCCGAGGAGACCGGAUAU